GGCAAUUUGCGAGUGACGCCCCGACUGGCAGAAUCCGAACAGGCCAAAAGUGCUCUCUCCAAGAACAUCGGCUCUUCAAGCUCUGCAUUGGGCAUCUCAUCCACCCAUCUCCUUUUCCUUUUAUUUCCCUUUCCCUUCCCUACCCUUUUUAAUUUCUCACAGCAUGCGGCCGCAGUUGUUUCGUGCGGCCGCUCGGGCUGUCCGGGUCCCAGGAAUCAACAACCUGAGGUCCUUUGCGACGACAACCCCUCGCCUUGCCGAAGUGGAACUCACAAUUGGUAUGACUUCGUUAAUCUUCCAACUUUAUACUGUAUUAAAGUUGAUUGUUAUGGCUUUAGAUGGUAAAAAGGUAUCAGUAGAAGGUGAUUUGACCUUGGGCUACGACGUUCUAGCUCUCCCUGCUUACACCUUUCCACAGCCGGAUCAGCUCUUAUUCAAGCUUGCGAGAAAGCGGGCGCGACAAUUCCAAGGUAUGGAGGCGUCUAAUGAAGAUUAUUAAACAUUGCUAAUAAUAAUAAUCUCAAUAGAUACUGCUACCACGAGUGCGCUCAGCCCCCCCUAGAGUCCCGUUUAUAUCCGCUGCUAACAUCC